CGGCUCCAUAAUACAGUCGUGUUGUAACGGUUACACUAGCGAACGGCGCCAAAACAAAAAAAACGUAAUUCCAAAUAAAUUCGAAAUCAAAGUGUUUGACUGGCGCGCUUUUGAAUUAAUUAAUAGCAAUUAAAUAAAUUUAAAAUGAUUUUGCAUUUUUCCAAUAAAAUAAUAACAACAUUUCGUUACAAAACUCUAAUUAUUCAAUAAAGCAAAAAAAUAAAAACAAAAAUACAUACAUAACAAUCUAACAAUUAACAAGAUUGUAAAUCCCUAAAAGUAUUUAACAAUAAGUACCAGUAAUUCGAUAAAAAAAAUAAUAACAAAAACAAUACGAUUAUAGUAACAAUAACAUGUUAAACAAUUGUUAAUAACUAAAUUUGUCGGAGAGAGCAAAAUUAACAACACAACAUUUAACGGAUUUACUCGAUUGUGAGUGCGGGGGCGUGAGAGUUUAGGAAAGUGUUACAGAGUGUUCAAAAUAAAAAAAGGCAUGUCACUAUGGAGCUGAUAAGGAAAUAUCAGCAAGGAAAAUUAACCACCACCGAUGUGCGAAAGCUUAAUAAUAUAGUAUUAUGCCUUAUGAUAUCGGUGGCUGCCACCUCCAUUGUCUGGAGUUUAUCGAUACAUGUGUUAUCGGGGGAUUUUUACAAUGGUUUUAUCGGUGCCAAAUUAGUAUUUCGUGAGCGAGAUUUAACACAAAUGGAAGAUGCUGAGCGAGAAAUUUGGAAACACGAUUUGGAUAGAGUUUUCAAUGAAACAUAUACCAUCGAGGCCUUAGAUCAAAUAAGAGCCGAUGCCUUAAUAAUGCCUAAAUUAAAAGACGAUCAACCUUCAACCAAAAAACCUAAAGUACAUAAAAUAUCGCAUGUAUUUCAAAUGACAAACUCCAAAGUACCUGAUUCGCCAACAAUUGCAAAUGAGGAUGAUGAUGAUGAUGACGACAUUGAAGAAGAAUCAACCACAAAAGUGCCAAAAACGUUUAAUAUAGAAGAGGAUCGUAAAUUUUUAUCACUCAUGACAAUUGAUAUUCAUCAAACCCGUUGGCAUCAGAAUACUGCUGUUAAGUUUAUUUAUAGUUUUCCAUUUUUUUCGGAAAUUAUUGCCAUCAUAUGGACUGCCAUGUGUUUCAUAUUUCAAUCGGGUGUCAAAAAGACUUGGGGACUUCCAAAGCCUUGGCGCAUUGUUAUACCCUCGAUAAUGAUGUUUACCAUAAUGACUGUUGCCAAUUUAAGUUAUUUAAUAUUGGCCAAUGGUUUUCUAAAAACAUUUUGCAACGAUUUAAGAGAAAACCUCAGUAAACCGGAUGCCAUAACCUGUGGUGAUGCUAUGGCCAUCUUAAGGCCCAUUAUACGUUCUCAAACCCUAUCACACAAUACAUACUUAAUACUAUUUCGCAUUUCUUACACUUUAGCCAUGUUACUAUGGAUUUUCGCUUUACUCAUAAUGCUAAUGAGAUUCCUGUUGGCCAUUGAUUUCCAAUUGGUGGAUGUAGAAACGACUUACGAUCGUGAAAUGAGAGAGGGAACAUUAAAGGAACAAGAAUUUGUGGAGGUACUAUUAAAUUCACCGCAAAGCCCUAAGGCGGGGGCUACAUUGCAAGUGAAAAAUGAACGACCCAAAUCGGAAGAUGAUUUUCAAAGUGCUAAGUCCCAUUUGAGUGAAGUGGCCACACCUCUAUUGGAUCGCCUGGGCACAUUAAAAGGGGAGCAGAAAACAUAAAGCAGUAGUUUGUAAUUUGUAUUUCUUUGGUAUUUUUAUUUUUUAUUUAAUUUAUUUAUAACGAAAUAUUUCUAUGAAAUCUCAGGUAUACAGAAUCUAUUACAUAUGUUAAUGUGUAAACUAUAAAAAUCAUAAUGAAAUUAGAAAAAAUUUUAAAUAUUAUUGUAAGUUUUAAAAUUCCACAAUUUUUGAUAUACCAAAAAAAUGGUAGAGUUAUUUCAAACAAAUUUGCCUGAAAACACACAAAAUAUUAAUAAAUAACUGGGGGAUUUAUAGUUUUGGAUUUUAUAUUGAAGUACAUAAUUUUCUAUAAUUUUAAAUUUCCCAAAAGUGCCUAUGAAACAUAAAACCAGUAUACAAGGGGGAUUUGCGCUUGUUAUGAAUCGAUUUAAUUUUUUUUUAAACAAAAAAAUGGAAUAUUCUAAAUAUUUAUUUUAAAAAUCAGCUAUGCAAAGAAAUUUAUAUUGAGACAGUACAAAUUCAUAUUAUUACGUUUAAUUAUGUUUGUUCUUCAAAUUUGAAUUUCUUAUAAAUUAAAUUUUUAUAUUGAUAAAUUUACCUCUUAUAACUGAUUAAAUGCUUAAAACUGUACAUCAUUUUUGAGAAUAAAUUUAAACUCAAUUCAACAAUUACCAAAUCUCCCCACACAAAAUAAUUGUGAACAAAUUUUAUUUUACACCUAAUUUUAGCAAAUAAAUUUUUGAUAUUUUUUUAAUUUAAGGUUAAUUCAGUUGUAUUAAUUUUAUUUGAAAGUUAAUACAAUUUUAAUUCAGUUGUAUGUUUCUUUUAUAACCAAUAUGCCUAAAAAUAUACUACAUACGUAUUUAAUAAAAAUAUAAUCUUUUUUUAAAAGAAAA